UGAUUAUUGUCCGCCGCGGAGCUCCACGAAGUCAGAUCGAUCUACACCGCGACUGCGAUUCAUGCCGGCAUUUCCAGUCAAUUCAAGCUGCUGCCUGGAUGCCGGUAUCAAAGUCGCAUGCUCAUACCCGACUGACCUUGGGGAAAUAUGGAUCUUGCACCUCAGGACGGCUCCAACAAGGUGACGGUUGAAUGCACCGAUCCCUUCAACGUGCUCCCCGAUGUUCAACCGAUUCUCGAGAAGAGACUGCCUCUGAGAAAUCUUCACUGGAAAUCACCCAGUCGUCCUCUCCGGUCGAUUGAAUCGCUUUACAUUGACCUCGUCCCCGAAAAACAGACCGAUGAGCAGAACCCAUCCAACGAUCCUACAACAGCCACUAUACCACACCGGCGACACCAGAUCCCAGGCUUGCGCCAGACACCGUAUUUGAAGAUAUUCUUUCUGCGCUGCGACGACAACGAGUCGUACAAGGCGACGUGCAGAAAGCAAAUCCGGGAAUGGAUCAAGACGCACACCUCGACGGCGCAGGCCAGUGGUGCAGCACCCACCAGCCAGGAGAAGCACGACGCAUUUGAGUGGCUUAUCGUACAUGUGGUACAGGAUGGAGAGGCGGCAGAGAAGACAGCAUCGAUCGCCAAAUGGGGUCGUGGCUCGACAACGGUGUUGGAGAAGGUCAAGGCAGACUUCAACGGGUCUUCCAAGACAGCGGUGGAUCGCGUAGCCCAGCUGCGACUUCCUAAACCUGGAGCGACGCAAAAGCCUCCUGACUUCACCGAUCUGCUCGAAGAUCUAGUCGAGAAGAUGAAGAAUGCCAUUCUGACCUCUUUCGACUUGCGAGUCAGCCAGUACGAGGAAGACAUCCGCGAGAAGGAUUCACAGCGGAGUCUGCCUGGGUGGAACUUCUGUACGUUCUUUAUCCUGAAAGAGGGUCUUGCUAGAGGCUUUGAGAAUGUAGGCCUUUUCGAGGAUGCUCUUGCUGGCUACGAUGAGCUCUCCGUUGGUCUGGAUACCGCUGUCCGCGACCAGCUUCUUGGGGAGGGGGAACAGCACGGUGGCGGCUUUCUGACAUAUACGAAAAACUGGAAAGAAAAGGCAGAGAGUUCAUUGGAGGCUCUCUCCAAGGGCUCUGCCGUUCAGGAGGAUGAUAGUCAUGACUCUGACGACUCUGAUGACAAUAAUGAAGAUGGGGACGAGCCGACGCCUACUACAAGUCCAGUAAUUGAUCCGGAUGACUACCCUCUCGAUUCAGCAAAGAAACCCUAUAGGGAAAUGAUACUGUCUAGCGAUAUCUCAAUUUUCGAUUUCCGUGUCUACUUGUUCUCGAGACAGAUGACCUUGCUUUUGCGGGCCGCAAGAGCGCCAUCGGUCUUGGACAAGGAUGCUACCCCAGCGCAGAAGAACAAGAAACCAGAAGACCUCACUCUCCUGGCGGAAGUCUGUGAGCGAGCUACUGAGUUCAUCUCUAUCGCUGCGCGCACACUCCGAUAUGAUCUAGAAUGUGGCCUCGAGGAGAUCACGGAUGAGAAAAAAGCCGAGGUCAUCAACAAUCUUGUUUCGACUUGGACAUAUGCCGCCGCCUCGCAGGUACUAACUCAGACGGAUACUCCAGCCCUUCCAGUUCCAGAUUCAUCCCUUCGGAAAAAGAAAGGAUCCACGGAGGCGUCCACGACAACGGAGAGCAAGCCGGCAGUCCCCAAAAGAUCGAGUUCACUGCUUUCCCCCGUAUCACCACGGCCUCCGAGGCCGAAGAGCCAGGAGAUUUUCUCGGCAGAGCUUCAUAACCCUCCGCCAUCGCGGUCACCGUGGGAGAUGGGUGCUGCCGGCGCCGUUAUCCAGAAGACGGGCUCAGAAGAACUAGCGUCAGCAAGAGGCGAACUAUGUUUUCUUGCGAGACGUGUCCUAGAAGACAUAGGCCGCCGGCUCGGAUGGGCCAGUAAGUGGAAGGAGCUUGACCUGCUUUUCGACGACUCGGUUGGUUCCAACGGCGACAUGCAAGAAGUUUCGCUUGAUGAUGCUGCAGAGGGCAAAAAGCCCAAACCGUCCGAGCCAGAUCAAACUAUCGUCUCUCGUGCUGGAGGGAUUGACUUGCUCGUCUUGAGCAAAGCAAUUCGAUCCAAAAAGAACUUCUAUCUCCUAUACGAAGAGCUUACAGAUCUGAUGUUCCGCCUCUACGUCGCGGCGAAUCGGACAAACUCUGCAGAGAUGGCAAUGACUGAGAUGUCGCUGCUUCUGUUCCUCCAGGGAGACUAUGAAACCGCCGCUUCUCAUCUCCAUCAGCUGGCCCCUUUCUACGGGAAUAGCCGUUGGACGAUACUGGAGGGUUCUGUACUGGAGCUGUAUGGCCGAUGUCUUAAGGAGCUCAAAAGGAAUGAGGAAUACGUCCGUAUUCUUCUCAAGCUGUUGGCGAACUACGCAGCUGAUCUUCAGUCCCAAAUGAGUGACAGACAGAAGGCGACAGCCGCUUUCUCAGAGUUCACACAGUCCGGUCGGGUCUCCAAGUAUGUCAAGGAGCUCUUCAACGCCUCCAGUGCCCUGCCAAAGGAAAUCUCUGCCUCCUUCAGUGAUUUCUUUGCCGAUCUCGAGGUCAGUCCAGCCAUCCGUCAUUACAAGGAUAAGGACGGGUUCGAGUUACAGAUGAGCACGCGGUUUUUGCUCGAAGAGGUGGUCAAAGUCAGCUCCAUCAAGAUGCGGCUCGUAAGUGCGAACACUCAGCAGAGCAAUGAGGUUUGGCUGGAAAGCUCAGAGGAAGUGGUGGUUAAACCAUCCCUGACAAAGCUACUCAUUCCAUCAUCGAUAACCUUGCAAGGGAAAUACUUUGUAGAUCGUGUGGAGUUGCGGUCUGGUAACAUUGUAUUCUCUUUUGGGGAAGUCAGCCAGUCUGCAUUUCUGCCAGGACUCAGGGAUGCAAAUGAUGGUGCAGAAGAGAAGAGACCCUACAUCUACUGUCAUCCCUCAGCCGAUGGCCUCGAAGCUAGGAUCAUCUCACCGCGCUACAUCAACCUCGAGCAUUUGCGGACUGUUGAUGUCGAGCUGGAAAGUGGCUGGAACGAUAUCAAGAAAGGGGUCAUCCGUGUUAGGCCUGCCACUGCUGGUCUCCGGCUCCGGAUAGCUGAAGCAGCAGUGGUAGAAGGAGAGAUCAACGUUAUCAACAGUUCUGAUAGCGGUAAUAUUGAAUUCACCGAUUUCCCUCCAGGAUCGUCGGUGCGGUUCCGGAUACCGUACACGGUGGAUGAUAAUCACACGAUGCUUUCUGCAAAGCUGGAGGUCGGAUACGAAACAGAAAAAGGAAAGUUCACUUACUCUUCAUCGAGCACGGUGGUCUCGACUCUGCCGGUCAGCGUCAACGUGCAAGAUGUAUUCAAAAAUGACAUUCUUUUCUCCAAGUUCACCGUCAGCCCGGCAAUGAUGAUCCCUCUACGUAUCCUGGGGUGUGAUAUCCCAAGCUCUGACAGCUACGAGGUUCAAUCCAGCAUCCAAGGGCCUGUUGCGUUUGAUGUCUUCCCAAAACAGCCGGCAUCGAUUCUCUACAAGAUAAAACAGCGGACAGAAAACCAAAUCAAGGAUGCCAACUCGAAGCGGUCCCUCCGGCUGACGGUCGAAUUCACCUGUCUCGACGAUGAGUGCCUGACGGCCAUCAAACAGCGCUUCGCGGAGGACAUCGAGAAGACUCAGCUACGCCACCUGACGCGGCUGCUGACUCCGCAUAUCGUGGAAGCCUUCCGCACGCAGCUCUCGACGACGGACAUGGAAACAAUCGGUGUGGUGAGGGAGGUGGAAACGCUGCCCUAUGAGAGUGUGCAGUGGGACACGAUCCUCGGCGCUCUGCCCGGGCCGCAGCAGCCUGAGGUUAAGGGCUGGCUGAUGGAGUGGCACAAGAAAAACCCAACCAUCCCCAUCCCCGAUCCCGAUCCGUCACUUCUCAGCAAGCAGAUCGUCAUCCCCGUCGAUGUGCCCGAAGUGCCCAUCGUGCACACGGCGGAACUUCGCCUGACGAACAUUGGCCACGAACAGCCUGCGCACGCCGCCGUGGGCCAGACGAUCGCAGCGGAGCUCAUCCUUCGACAUACCCGUCGCUGGGCCUCCUCAUCCUCCUCGAGAUCUCCCGAAACCAGUAGUGAUGCCGCAGAAACAGCAACUCAGCCCGUCGAGUUCUCCUACGAAGUGCUCGCCAAUCCGGAAAUCUGGCUCCUUGGCGGUCGUCGUCGCGGUAACUUCACGGCGCCCGAAGGCGAGACGCGCUCAUUUCCCAUCCUCCUUCUGCCCCAACGUCCGGGCCAUCUCCUCCUCCCAGGACUGGACAUCAAGACCUUCGCAGUCUCUUCCCCGGCCGUCUCUGGCGGCGGCGUGCCUUCAGCGACGGCGCAGCGAAAGCUCGUCCCGUGCGAAGUCGACUAUCGGAAUCAUGGCGAGACGCUGUUAGUGCUGCCGGACCUGAAGAAGACGACGGUCAGUCUGUCCCAGUCCGCGGGCGGGGGGUCAUGGCUGGUUGAUUCGGAGAGGAGAGUCGAGGUUGGUUCGUAGUGCCCUGUCUUCAUAGUCUAUGCCUUCUCACGAUGUAUAUACGUAAGUUUUCUACAAAAUGUACAUGCAUACAUAUAAUACCAUUAUUAGCACA